AUGGCUCCUAUCUGUUGCAUUGUACCAGAACAUGUACUCGAGAAGAUUGUUGAAAGGGGACAAGCACCAGAGCAUGUCAUCAAUGCCUGCCAGUCUACCAUUGACAAAACAAAGGAAUUGCACAAUAUUCGCAUCGCGCGAGGCCAGAGUCUCCUCGCCAGUCAGGGACAACAGCCUUCUGAAGGUAUCAUUCCGCCUUAUAUCCACGAAAGAAUUGCUCAGCACGCUGUAACAGAAGAUCAACGUGAUUCAUUUCUACGUACAUUUACGCAUGAUACUGAAAAUCCUUUAGCCGCAGGAACUGUGCGCCAUCUGAACCGUACGGUGUACAAUGCGCAAAACUCCACUGAAGAUCUUCCUCGCGACGACAUCAUGAUCAAGGAACACGGUGCCCUUAUCUCCAAGGAGCAAGACCCAAGCACUGACGCUAAUGAAUGCUACGCCGGAUUUGGAAAGACUUAUGACUUUUACUUCCAAUUCUUCAAUCGGGACUCCAUCAACGGUCGAGGCCUCAAGCUGGACGGCUUUGUGCAUUUCGGUAAAGGUUAUCUGAAUGCCUUUUGGGAUGGCAGCGAAAUGGUUUUCGGUGAUGGAGACGGCCUUGUUUUCAAUGGUUUCACGGAUGAGCUCGAUGUUAUCGGCCACGAGCUUACCCACGGGGUAGUGCAGUACUCGAGCCCGCUAGAUUAUAGUUUUCAAAGCGGUGCCUUGAACGAGUCCCUCGCAGACGUCUUUGGGAUCAUGAUCAAGCAGUGGGGUGAGGAUCCAGAGAACCCACAGACUGCGGAUCAAUCCAAUUGGCUUAUCGGCGAAGGAAUCUGGGCUAAUGGAAUCAAAGGUAGAGCUUUAAGAGACAUGAAGGCACCUGGAACGGCUUACGAUGACGAAAGGGUCGGAUCGGAUCCCCAACCCGCUCAUUGGAAAGAUUUUAAAAGACUUCCACUCACAAGUGAUCGUGGUGGAGUUCAUAUCAAUUCCGGUAUCCCGAAUUAUGCUUUUUACUUGGCGUCCACGAGGAUUGGAGGAUAUUCUUGGCAAACUGCUGGCCCUAUUUGGUACAAGGCUCUGAACAGUGGUAAGCUCAGCGGAAACGCUACAUUCAAGGAGUUUGCCGACCUCACUGUUCUUUAUGCUGGAGAGCAUGAAGCAAAAAUCAGGGAAGCUUGGAGCCAGGUCGGUCAUCCGUUUGAUGAUAGCAGGCAUGAGUUGUAA